AUGACCGAAAUGCUGCAGCCUUGCGGCCAGUUGGUUGGCCAUUCCGGCUGUCUCACUCAGAUCGCGACCAACUCCAAGUACACGGACAUUGUCCUGUCCUUUUCGAGCGACAUGACCCAGAUCUUGUUAAAGCUAACCCGGGACGACGCCAGCUACGACAUCCCGCAGAAGCGUCUGUCUUUAGACGGUAACAACGCCCUGUCCGAUUCCUGGGACAAGACCUUCCGGCUGUGGGGGUUGGCCGGUGUACUCAAACAUUUCUGGAGUUUUUUUUAA